GGAUGGCAGGCACAGGGGACCUUCCUAAAGGAAAGGAUCAGAAACAUUCACAAAGGAAACGAACCAUGUUCACUGAGAAACAACUGGCAGAUUUAGAAUUCUUGUUCAGCAAGAACCCAUACCCCGCUCCCAGCCUUCAGAAAGAAAUGGCCUCGAAACUGGAGAUACAUCCCACCGUACUGCAGGUUUGGUUCAAGAACCACAGAGCAAAAGUCAAGAAAGCCAAACAACAGCAAUUAGCUGGGGCGGAAGUCAAGGCCCGCUCUUCCAAGAGACACACGGAUGCCGCUCCAGGAGCCCCCGAUGGUGCCUACCCUGCUUCCCUAGUUUAUACAGAUCACCCCAUACCUUCCUUCCAACUCAGCAUAUGCUCCAAUUUUAAGGCUCUCUCAGACCAUCCUUCUGGCCACAAAAUAGUCCAUUUCGGCUGCUGCCGAGAUCCUAACAUCUACUCCCUAUGUCCCAUUACGGAAUCCCAAAUUCUUUCCACAAGCUUCACUGCUAAUUCUUUGGGUUCUUCAUCUCCACAAAGAACUUAGUGAGCAAAGCCAGACACAAAAGGUCACCUACUGUAACGAUUCUCAGUGAUUCCAGACAAGAGACAGAGUCAGGAUCUACGCAACAUGGAGGCAUUUCAGAAACGGGCUUCGUGAAAAAAAAAAAAGACCCACAAGUGCCCGUGGGGUGGAACUGAGUGGCAAGAGUCGCUCAACAAAGUAUUGCGAUGGGGAUGUUUCAUGUUGUAAUUCAGAUGGCAGGAACCUGCAUGUAUAAAUUCAUCCAAAGACACAACUGUAAUAUUGUAUAACAUACACCACAAUAAAAAAAUCAUGUGACAGGACGGAAGCAUCAGCUAAUGCCACUGGCAGUAACCAUUUUGCAAUAUAUAAAUGUAUCAAAUCAACACAUCAUACACCUUACACUUAUAUCUCAGUAAAGCUGGAGACAACUUUUAAAU